AGAAUCAAAUCCCUAAUUGGCUAAUUCAAUGGCGAGGGGAGAAUCGGAUGGAGAGAGCUCAGGAAGUGGACGAGAGAGUUCGAGUUCCGGCGAAGAAUCGGAGCCAAAGGGGAAGAUCUCGGAAUAUGAGAAGCAGAGGUUCUCAAGGAUCGCUGAGAACAAAGCGAGGUUGGAUGCUCUCGGCAUCUCUAAAGCCGCCAAGGCUCUUGUGUCACCAUCUCCAAUUUCCAAAAAACGUAGAGUAAAGUGGAAUUCCGGUGAAGAAGACGAUGAUUAUACACCCGGAAACGCCGAUGAUGAUGAGGACGAUGACGAAGUAGAAGAAAUUGACGAUGACGAAGACGAGGAGUUUCUGGGUAAUUCAUCUUGUGUUUCCCGUAAACGAAAGAACAAGGCCUCUGCUUCCAAGAGAAAACUCUUAUCUAAGAAGAUUUUCAAUACAUCAGAUGAUGAGUACGAUGACUUAAACAAGGCAAUAGCGCUUUCUCUACAGGACUCUGUUGCAGGAGGCUCUCAAAGUCGUACUACCCCUACCAAAACUAUGAGAAACGAUAAAGAGGCUGCAACUUUGAAGAAGAAAGCACCGGAUUUGAUGAGCAAGAUGCAGAUGACACAGGAUGAAUUGGUCAUAUACUUCUGUCAGUUUGAUGAAGCUGGAAAAGGGUUCAUUACUCUGAGAGAUGUGGCGAAAAUGGCGACGGUGCAUGACUUCACAUGGACAGAAGAGGAAUUACAAGACAUGCUUCGUUGCUUUGACAUGGACAAGGACGGAAAGCUAAGCUUGGAUGAGUUCAGGAAGAUUGUUUCGCGAUGUCGCAUGUUGAAAGAAUCUUGAUGGGUAAUGUGUAAUUUAUGCUGUGAUUUUGGGUGACUACUAGUUUAAUGAUGAUUCUCCAAACUUUUGUUUUCUCUCUUCUUGUGAGAAGUCAACAUUAAUAAUGUUUGUAAUUCUCUAUCAGUUCAAACUGUAAAUUGGAUGUCUAAACUAUAAAGUAGAAGUAGAAUA